AUGACUGCCUCCAACUCCCAUAGCCCAGAGGAGGCGCCAAAGCGACCAAAAGGGAUCUUGAAGAAUUCCCCGCAGCUUUCGACGUCACCUGAAAAGCCCGCGCUGUCCCCUCCCCUACCGGCUGACUCGGCUGACAAUAAAGAAAUCACCCUGCAGAACACAUUGCAGAAUGCCGGUCGUCGCUCGUCCAGCACGCGUCGUGCCUCCGCUGGCCGACGUUUAUCAGGGAUUGCUUCUGGCGAGCACGACGACGACAGAGCCCCGCAUCUCAAGUGGGAUGAAGCAAACUUAUAUCUCGCCGAGCAGGAAAAGACUGCCAAGAUGAAGAUCGAUGAGCCAAAGACCCCCUGGGCUCCUAGUUACGACCCGGCACAGGAUGAUGAUGACCGCGAUCAGAUGGAAGUUGAAGCGCAAGACCGGACCCUGGACGCACAUGACCUGGUUGUCGAUGAGCUUGAUAAAGCGAAAGAAGGCCCUCGGCAGAAGAAGUCGGAGCGUGAUAACGAAAUCCCAGAUCUCGAGCUGGGUGAGCCCGAAGAGUAUUUUCUCCACAAUCAAUCGGGAGCGGCGGAAUCCGGCGAGAGUCGUAUUACGCGCGAACGUAGUCUCAGUCAGAAUUCAAACAAGAGCGACAAGCAUGUCGUUGUCAAUAAUGAAGAAGGCGGCCAUGGCGAGCAGUUGAUGACAACCGGCGAAGCGCAGGAGAAGCAUCGCCAGUUCGAGGAGCGUCGGAAAAGGCAUUAUGAGAUGAAGAAUAUCAAGGACUUGUUAGCGUGA